AUGAAUAAUUUAAAAGAAUUGCCACCGACAUUCGUUGAUACAUUUAUUCGGCACACAAUAUUGAUAGAAAAAAUCGGUAUAAAUAUAUUUGAUGAAUCAAAAGUUUCUUUCUUUAAAAAACAUUUCAAGCUAGCUUUAUUUAUGAGCCUAGUAAUGGUGUUAUUAGUUGGUCAAAUUCUUUAUGUCAUCAAAAGAAACGAAAUUGGUGCCGAAUUUUUAGAUGUUGUUAGUACUAUACCAAGUACUUUUAUGGUCAUACAAGAUUUAGUAAAGAUAUUUGUAGUGACAUAUAAACGAGAUCGAAUAAGGGAAGUGAUUAUGGAGAUAGGUAAAAUAUGGCCAACAGAAAUUGACGACGAAGAGAAGAAAAAAACAAUGUAUUAUUGGACGAAAUCUCUGAAAUUCUUUGAUAAUGCUUUUUUUAGAGCUGCAAUUAUUUCUUUAGUAUUCUACGAGCUGCUGCCCUUAGCGAUGACGAUUUAUUCCAUAAAUACAGAGGUGGAUGUGCAAUACCAGUUUCCCUUGCAAAUGUAUUUCUUUUGUGACCUACAUUCUCAUUUCCAGUAUGCUUUGGCUUAUACGUAUCAAAUUAUAGUAUGUACGGUGGUUCACAUGUGCGUAUACGUUUCCUGUGACUUUUUACUAGUAGACCUCAUAUUUGAUUUAAGUGCUUUAUUGAGUUUACUACGAAUAGACUUAGAGAAACUUGUUGAACCAAAUUCAAGCAAUUACAAUUUUGAAGACGAUGAUUGUGAAGACAUUAAAAUUAUCGUGACAAAACAUCAGAAAUUAUUAAGUCUAGCAGAUUCCUUAAACGAGAUAUUUGGAGGAAUUAUCUUUAGUCAGGUCUCGUUUUCUUCUGUAAUUAUUUGCUGUUUCUCUUUUAUGGCGGUGAUAGCUGAUGGGAUGUUUCUAAAAAAUUUGACCGCUUCAUUAGGAAUAAUGUUUGCAAUCUUCAUAAUAGCAUGGCCCGGCCAAAUUCUCUCUGACGCGAGUUACAAUAUAGCUACUGCGGCGUAUGAAUGUCAUUGGUAUGAGAGAGGCAAGAAGUUUAGAAAGUACAUCGCCAUAAUAAUAGCCAGGUCACAAAGAGAAUGUCAUCUUUCCGCGUUAGGAUUUUCGGAUUUAACACUUACAAUGUUUUCGAAGGUAAUGAGUACGUCUUGGUCAUAUCUGUCUUUAUUAAAUCGAAUGUAUGAUGACAUUGAUGCUUAA